CUCAUCUCCAGGCACACGCAGGUACGUUGAUAUUGGGCUCAGAGAAACAUACAAUGUUUUACGUUUAACUUUUUCUACAUUGUGUUUGCGUAAAACUUCCGAAAAAAUUUAAUCUUCUAACGAUUUUGGUAUGUCUAAGCAGCGAAACUUGAAAUCAGCCAAGCCCAGCGUUGGUAAGCUUCCAUCAGACCAAACACAGAAUUGCGAUCAAGAUCAGAGUGCCUUAGGUCAAGGAAAAGAUAAAACUUUGUCUUCCAAAGCUACAAGAGCUCAGGAAUCCUUCAGUGUCUAUUAUGUUUUGUUAUCUUUGGUAGUUAUCGUAAUUGCGGGUCUUUUAGCCUUUUUUGUCUCUCACCAUGUCAAAAAUUCCGUAACUGUGCCAACUAAGACAGAUACCAAACCCAAAGUGGUACUACUCACUGAAGAUGAACUUUCCAAACAUGACGGGUCUGAUCCCAACAUGCCGAUAUACCUGUCAAUUCUUGGUAGAAUUUACGAUGUCGAUAAAGGAAGACAGCAUUACAAAGUUGGAAGUGGGUACAAUGUGUUUGCUGGUCGCGAUUCCACGCCUUCGUUUGUCACAGGAGAAUUCGCACGAGAGAAGGCUACGGAUGAUGUGAAGGGAUUGUCUCCGGAAGAAAUGUUAGGUGUUAAAGAGUGGUUAGACUUCUACAGAAAGGAUUAUAGUUAUGUUGGAAAGUUAAUUGGUCGCUACUACGACAGUGAAGGAAAUCCCACUGAGGCACUGAAUGAAGCUAAAAUAGUCAUAAAGGAAGGGCAAAAAUUAAAGAAGCUUCAAGAAGCUGAAAAUAAACGCUAUCCUGGUUGUAAUUCAAAAUGGAAUGCAGAAGAAGGCUCAACGGUUUGGUGCUCUGAAAACAGUGGUGGAAUUAGUCGUAAUUGGGUCGGAGUGCCAAGAAAAAUGUUUAAACCAGGCAAAAAGGAUUCUAAAUGUGUGUGUGUCAAGACUACUGGCCCAUCAAGUGAGAGUGGUGAAGGAAAUGAUGGUGACUUGAAUAAUCCUAUAAUGAAGCAGUAUUCAGGGUGUGGCAAAUAUGAUGUCUCCUGUAAACUUUAAUCUUUUUGGACUUCAAGAAAUUGAUCUUCAGUGUUAUCUGCUUUUAUUCAAUUUAAGCCCUUAGCUAUAUAGAUUUCUUGAACUAAAUUUAGGUGAUGGUUUUCUGUGCAAAUGUAUAUUUAAAUUAAUGAGAGCAGUGCUGUAUUAGUGAUUGUGUAGUGCACAGUUGAAUUAUACUUGAAUAAUUUUUAUGUUAAAUUAACUUAGAUGCAUUGUCACUAGAUUAAGUUUGUCAUGGAUGGCACAGGAUUACUAAUUAAGUAAUCAUACAAUUUUUUAAUUGAAGUUUUCAGUAUAGGAUGUAUUAUAUUUUUUGCUAGAAAUGCAGCAAAUUAUUUCAGUCUUGCACUGUCUGUACCAUACAUUACCUCGCCCGUUGUUAGAAUCUUUAAUUUUAACAUGAUUAAAAAAUUGUCCAUUAACUGUUUCACAGCUCAAGCUUGAAAGUUAGGUAUGUCCAAAGGAAUCUUACCAUAGUUUAUAAUUUGCUCAAUGCCAGCAUCUUGAAUGUGAGGUGAAAGCUGGAGCUGGAAGCGGGAAAUUAGAGGAUGGAAGAUUUUGUGUUUUUA